GGUGCCUAAUUAUGGGCAUCUGGCAGUGUCGGUGGUGGUGGCAGGCGGGCGGCCGGCCCCCUCCCCGAGGCCGGGGACUUGAGGGGCACAGGCAGCAGGCGCCAUGGCCUCGCUUGGCUCGGCCUCUGCGUACCGUGCUGAGCGCAUGGGUGCCUACGGCCAGGGGCAUGGCGAGCCCCGCUUCGAGGGCGACCGGCAGCAUGGCCCUUUCGGGGUGCGGGCACAUGAGGCCUUUGGGUACCCAGGGUCCCCGGGCGCCAUGUGCCCCUGCAGCCUGGGCACCUGGGUGCGUGCCCAGGGUGACAUCUACCAGGUGGUGGCCGACGUCAGCCAGUUUGAGCCCCCUGACAUUGUGGUGACCACCUCCAACUGCCACGUCACCAUCCAGGCUGAGAAGGUGGCCGAAGAUGGCACCAUCUGUGACACCUUCACCCACAAGUGCCAGCUACCUGAGGACACGGACCCACUGUCGGUGAGCUGUGCCCUCACUGAGGCCGGCACGCUGGUCAUCACCGCCCGCCGCCGUGCCGGCAUCUGCCCCGGCGAGGCCCCGCAGCCUCUGUACCGUAGCGAGGCCGUGCUGUGACCCAGCACCGGGUAAAGACAGGCUUCUUGCCCCAAGUGAUGCCAAUCCUGGUGCCGUGGCAAGGCUCGGCUGGUGCCCGCUGGCAGUGCUCCCUCCCACCUCCAGUCCCUCGGCACUCUGGCUCUGUUUAUAAAGUGCUUUUAUUAAAUUAAU